AUGCCAUACUAUAAUUUGGAAAGUAGCGAAGUACAAAUUUCUCCGACAGUUUUAUCCUCGGAUCUAGUUACUCCAGCAGUACCGAGAAAAGUCACUCUUCCAUCUGUGGGAUUGCCAGCUCCCUUGAACACUGAGCAUGGAAAAUUAGACGAACCUUGGCCUGGACAUCCUUACACGUCUCACAUUUGUCAGUUUGACGUUUUUCCAGGAUUUGACCCUGUGCGCACAAAAUUUGAUGUUCCAUGUGGAAGGAAACUUAAGCAGAAAUUAAACCCUGCAACAGAAGAGGCGUUGGAAAAUCUAUCAAAGAGGAUGUAUCGCACUCCAGUAUACCAAGAAAACAUUAAGGAAUUACCUGAACCCAGCCCUACGGUGCUCAUAGAUCUUGUAACAAUCCAAAACGGGAACAAAAUGCCAAUUGGAAUGGAAAACUGGCAAGUAAAUGACCAGGUAGAGUUAGAUAGAAACGAAACAAGAGAGGAGGACGAGGAGGACAACGAGACAGAGGAGAGCAAAGAGUACUGCGAGCGUAAGAGUGAGGGCAAACUCGACAACGAAAAGGUGCCAACUGAUUCUGCAUCAUCAGCAGUGUGGCCCAUAUGGCCAGUUGGACUCAAAAUGAGAAAAACGCCGCUGAACUACCCUAAAAUUCCACUCCCUGUGUACACCCCGCUGGACUUCUCAAAACGAGAUCAGUCACAGAACAGUAACAACUGUAGCCAUGUCUCAGGGGAGCAAACUACGCACUGUUUGCAAUUGGACGCUAUGUUCACUAAAAGCCACACCAAGAAACAUGCUACAUUUACAAAUCAGUACGUCCCUGCAUUAACUGCAUAUAGAUACAGCUCUUUGGGUCUAGAAGAUUCAAAGCACCUGAAGUUUACAAGUCCAGAGACUAAGAACUUGAAGGAAAUGCAACCUGUUCAUGUUAGUCUCGUCCCGGUCAAACAUCCGGCUGGCGUUGAUUACGUAAGACUUCCCCUGAUUGGACGAGAGAAAGCAACUGAGCAAUCCCGUGAGCCCCCACCACAGAACCACUGCGCAACUAGGAUGCUGGGAAUACGUUUUAAAACGGAUGCACACAGAAGGUAUAAUACCACUUAUACAAACGUUGUUCCUGAUCUCAGAGAUUCUGUGAACACUGGAAGAAGGCAUUUCUUUUGGGGAAUCCACGCAUGCGCUUUGAGAUAACGUAUCUCGCAGAGUGACAUUUCAUACCGAAAGGAUAAAUUUCAUUCUGUUAGGUCAAAGUGUGAGUUUUUAUAUUGCGAAAACAUGACUGGGUGCCGAAAGGUUUCUCGAGACUUUUAUGGGCCGUGGUUAUUGAUACUGAACCAGUUUGAGUUAACCGGGCUCAAAGACUCAAACUGAGUUAAAACGCAUCAUGGAAAGAUGGACAAAUAAACGGUGAAAUUCAAAAGAAAAUAAAGGGGACUUUGUUCUCCCGAUUGGUCUAAAUUGUGGAUUUAUUUAAAUGUUCUCGACCCGCGACCAUCUUGCCACUCAGUUCUGUGCGUCAUUCUUUGUAAACAAAGGAUUAAAUCAACGAGCUUACCGUGUAUGACGUUCAGAAUGGACUUUGACGUCUGUUCCUAUUUUUUUUUUUUCGAAAAACUUCAAAUUUUGACUGAUUUUAACCAUAAACGAUUAUAGUUUCAUACUGAAGGUCCUUCAAGACAGUGCAUGUACGUAUACAAUGUAGUAUCAUAUGUUCCGUACGAACAAGAAGCCAUAACACAUAAAAGUGACUGAAGAUUGUAUAGAAAUUUCAUAACUCGGUGAUCGGUAUCACUGCUUCCAGUUACCUCUACAGGUUUCAAGUUAUUCUUGUCGUUUGCUUUCUGUCGUUUAUUUUCUGUGUAACAUGAUCGAAAGGCGAAUAAAAGCGAGACGUCUAAGCUCGAAUGAUACGGUACGG